AUGGAUUUCAAGUCAAAGCUUAAGCUAACAGGAACAGCCCGCACGGGAUUGUGUGAACGUUUUGCAAGCUUAAUUUCAGAAAUUCCAGAUGAUAUGUUUGAUAGGUAUGUUGACGCAGGGUAUCUUGACGAUGUCUUCGAUGAUGUUAUGGACGAUUAUGAAGAUGAAGAAGAGUGGCUUGAUGAGAGAGCAAGUGAAGAUGAGCUGGAUGAAGAAAGUGAUAUAGAAGAUUUAGCGGAAGUUGAGACUCAGGAGAAUUUAGCUAUUCAAUGGCUGUCAAAGUUGGAUGGGGAUAUAAUGGGGAGGAUCAGAAUUGAUGCAAGACUUGCAUAA